AUGGCCGCCAAGUGCUACCCGACGGUCAGCGACGAGUACCUCGCGGCCGUCGCCAAGGCCAGGCGCAAGCUCCGCGGCCUCAUCGCCGAGAAGAACUGCGCGCCCCUCAUGCUCCGCCUCGCGUGGCACUCGGCCGGGACCUUCGACGUGGCCACCAAGACCGGCGGCCCCUUCGGCACCAUGAAGUGCCCCGCGGAGCUCGCGCACGGCGCCAACGCCGGCCUCGACAUCGCCGUCAGGCUGCUCGAGCCCAUCAAGGAGCAGUUCCCCAUCCUCUCCUACGCCGACUUCUACCAGCUCGCUGGAGUCGUCGCCGUCGAGGUCACCGGCGGGCCUGAGGUUCCCUUCCACCCGGGGAGACAGGACAAGCCCGAGCCUCCUCCAGAAGGCCGUCUUCCUGAUGCCACCCAAGGCUCUGACCACCUCAGGCAGGUGUUUUCCACUCAGAUGGGUUUGAGUGACCAGGACAUUGUUGCUCUUUCUGGUGGUCACACCCUGGGAAGAUGCCACAAGGAGAGAUCCGGCUUUGAGGGAGCAUGGACCGCCAAUCCUUUGAUCUUCGACAACUCUUACUUCACUGAGCUCCUGAGUGGAGAGAAGGAAGGCCUUCUUCAGUUGCCGACCGACAAGACCCUCCUGACCGACCCGGCCUUCCGCCCACUUGUGGACAAAUAUGCUGCGGAUGAGGAUGCGUUCUUUGCUGACUACGCUGAGGCACACCUCAAGCUCUCCGAAUUGGGCAUGUCAUGUGUUAAUUUGUCUGGACUUGGAUUAGAUGGGUCGGUCGAUGGGGUGUUGCAUUGUUUUGCUUUGGACGCCUCGUGUCUUGUGAUGGGCGUGCUUGUAGUAUGA